UCUUGGCUCAACCCCAUAGGCUCCAUCCAAACAGAGAUAAUUAUAUUUUUUCUUGUUUCCUUCGUUAAUUUCUACGACUGUUUCCGGCCGCAGCAUCGGGAAUGGAUGUACGCCGGCGGUCACCUAAACCACCACGUGUUGUUGGAGGAAGCAAUCGUCAUGAUAACGUAACUGAGAAACGGUCGCCGUCUCCUGCGCCUAAAGCGUCGGACGCGUUGCCGCUUCCUCUCUACCUGACAAACGCCAUUUUCUUCACGCUCUUCUUUUCCGUUGCGUAUUACCUGUUGCACCGAUGGCGUGACAAGAUCCGAAACUCAACUCCGCUUCACGUGGUCACGCUUUCCGAAAUCGCUGCCAUUGUGUCGCUCAUCGCUUCGUUCAUAUACUUACUCGGAUUUUUCGGCAUUGACUUCGUACAGUCGUUCAUCUCACGCGCUUCUAAUGACGCUUGGGAUCUGGACGAAGAAACUGAAACAAUAAUUAGUUGCCAUCCAGCCUCUUCCCCCAUCACGAUUGCCAAAUUAGUCAAACCCGAGCCGAUAAUUACGACUUUGUCCUCCAUUGAGGACGAGGAAAUUGUUAAGGCCGUUUUGGACGGUACGAUUCCGUCAUACUCACUUGAAUCAAAGAUUGGGGACUGUAAACGGGCAGCUGAGAUUCGACGCGAGGCGCUUCAGAGAAUGACUGGUAGAUCAUUACAAGGAUUACCGUUGGAUGGAUUUGAUUACCAGUCCAUUUUAGGUCAGUGUUGUGAAAUGCCAGUGGGAUAUGUGCAGAUUCCAGUUGGAAUCGCUGGACCGUUAUUGCUUGAUGGAUUUGAACACACUGUACCCAUGGCGACGACUGAAGGGUGUUUGGUUGCGAGUACUAAUAGAGGGUGUAAGGCAAUCUAUGCGUCUGGUGGGGCCACCAGUGUGCUUUUGAGAGAUGGGAUGACGAGGGCGCCGGUUGUGAGAUUUGGGAGUGCUAAGAGAUCUGCCGAAUUGAAGCUAUUCUUGGAGGAUCCUAACAAUUUUGAAACUUUGUCCGUCGUUUUUAACAGGUCGAGUAGAUUUGCAAGGCUCCAACAUAUUAAAUGCUCUAUGGCUGGGAAGAAUCUUUAUGUUAGAUUUAGUUGUGGCACAGGUGAUGCAAUGGGAAUGAACAUGGUUUCUAAAGGAGUUCAGAAUGUCCUUGAAUUUCUUCAAAAUGAUUUUCCUGAUAUGGAGGUUAUUGGUAUAUCUGGAAACUUUUGUUCAGACAAGAAACCUGCUGCUGUAAAUUGGAUUGAAGGACGUGGCAAAUCAAUUGUUUGUGAGGCAACAAUCAGGGAAGAGGUGGUGAAAGAGGUUUUAAAAACUAAUGUAGCUACUCUGGUAGAGCUCAACAUGCUAAAGAACCUUGCUGGCUCUGCUGUUGCUGGUGCUCUUGGUGGGUUUAAUGCCCAUGCUGCCAACAUUGUCUCUGCAAUCUUUAUAGCAACUGGCCAGGAUCCAGCACAAAAUGUUGAGAGUUCUCAUUGUAUUACCAUGAUGGAAGCUGUCAAUGACGGUAAGGAUCUGCAUAUCUCUGUGACAAUGCCAUCUAUCGAGGUUGGUACAGUUGGAGGGGGAACUCAACUUGCAUCUCAGUCUGCUUGCCUGAAUUUGCUUGGUGUGAAAGGUGCGAGCAAAGAAUCUCCUGGAUCAAACUCGAGGCUCUUGGCCAGGAUUGUUGCUGGUGCAGUUCUUGCAGGGGAGCUCUCUCUGAUGUCUGCCAUUGCAGCUGGUCAACUCGUCAAGAGUCACAUGAAAUACAACAGAUCAAACAAAGAUGUAUGCAAAGCUGCAUCAUAAAUGGCGAUGUGGAUGCAUCAUUUUAAAAUGCAGUAGAAAUAAACAUUGAAUGAAGAUGAAGAUAAAGAAAAAGGGUAGGAAAGGAUGAAAGCAAGACAAUGACAGAUGUUUGGCGCCAAUAUGGAACUGUGAACAGAUUCUUUAAUAGCUGUAAAGUUGGACUAUCUUAUGAAGUGAGGAAAUAGUAAUAUAACGUGGCCAGCCAUGUGGUGUUUCUUCCUUGUCACCAAUUGUGUUGCUUUGGGUCAGAUGGCAUGUUCUCUACAACCUGGAAUAGUAAGGCCCCUCCGACCCUAAAUAUUUGGUAUGUGUUGUGUCCAAGUAGGGAAGUUUUUAUGGUAGUAGGUGUUAACAUGGGACACCGUCUGUCUUUAUCUUUUGUCACUUUUUAUACAGGAUUGUGACCUGCCCCAGACACCGGUUUGAUCUGAUUUGUUUUGGGUAACGCAAUCUAAUCAUUGGCUUGUAAUUAUUCUUCAGUUGUGUUGUGUGAUAUUGUUCUGAAUUUCUUGUUAAUCAUUAAUUCCAGUUAUUUCCAUUAAGUUAUUCAAA